AUGAACCAAGAACGUGAAAACUAUGACAAUCUUGCUUGGGACCUGAACGAUGAUGCGCUGGAAAAUGCGCAAAGUCAACUCAUGCGCCGCUCAUUCUGUGCUGACAUUGUGUCAGUGGUCUCAGAGCAGUUCGGGAAAGAAGCGAUAUUGGUGCCUCCUUGCCGAUUAGGAGGUUACAACAUGCUAUAUAGAGUACGCGUUGAUGGAUUACCCAGCGAUGUCCUAGUCCGUGUGCCCUGUCCCAGCCAGUGCCAGUUCCCUAAGGAGAAGACGCUCCAAGAGGCGGCAACUGCGCUGCUGCUUCAACAGAGAACUCAAUUACCCGUCCCAAAGCUCUUCCAAUACGAGACCGAAUCCACGAUUGGCCCGCUUUUGAUGUUGCAAUACAUUGCAAACGAAGGAGACAUGUCGGAUGUCCUGUCAAGGCCGAGGCACGAUACCAAUGAAGUACCGGUGCUGAGUGAGGACCUCAGCGAAGACAUGCUGCAUAAAAGCAACGGUCAUAUUUCGGUGCAAGGAAGGCCAAUCACGCAGAACAUGAGCAACAUGAUACAACUAGCAAACAUACCCCGAGAUGUGUUACCAUCACCAACAACUACAUACACAUCGGCACAUGAGUGGUACAACGCAUUAGCGAAUAUGCACCUAGCUCAGUUGGUAUUUCAACACAACGAUCUAGUAACGUCGGAAGAUGAUUGCAGAAAUAAAUAUAUCUCGAGAUAUUUGUUCCGCCAGUUGGCCCGGGAGGAGAAGCUUUCGAGUUUUGGGUUUGCCGAGGACAAUUGGUCCGCCCAGGCAGCCAAGAUGAAAGCCUCUUGCCCAGCACCGGAUAUGACGGGCCGUUUCCGGCUGUGGUGUGACGACUUGCGGCCAAACAACUUUCUCGUCAACGGAGACAAGGACGUCGUCGCUGUUAUUGACUGGGAAUUUACGUAUGCAGCGCCGACGCAGUUCAUUCUCGAUCCGCCAUGGUGGCUGCUACUGGAAAUGCCAGAGAUGUGGCCUGCUGGGAUAGCGGAUUGGGCGGAGCAUUAUGAACGGGGAUUGGGGGUGUGGCUCUCGUGCAUGGAAUCGGCUGAAUCAACAUCGACUGCGUUGCCAUUCAAGCUCCACGAAUACAUGCGCGAGAGCUGGACUACAGGCCGUUUCUGGCUCAGCUACGCGGCAAGAAAGAGCUGGGCGUUUGACGCCAUCUACUGGAAGUACCUGGAUGCGAGGUUCUUCGGGGAGCGGCAGCAAGUAUCCCCGGACGACCCGUCCUGGAAGUCACGCAUAAACAUGCUCAGUCGUAAAGACAGGCUGGCUAUGGACGCGUUUGUGGAGAAGAAGAUGAGUGAUAGCGUCACUAGACAGUUGGAUAGCUGGAGCCCGGACGAGGUUCGUAGCCGCAUGGCCGAGGUGCUAAUGGAAGAUGAUGAAAUGGGCUUCUAA